AGUAAACAUUCAACCUUAUCGAAGCUCCACUUAGAAAAUUUUUAUCUGUAUUUGAUGAAUACUUUGAAAUUUAGAGAUGAACAUUUCUAAGGUCUUUCCGAAUUUAUCAGAUCCAUUUAAAAAAAAUAAAUGACUCGUGAUAUUUGUUAAACGCAAGCACUGUCAGCUGUGUCAAACCGCGUAUGACACGUGGCUUCUUUUUUAUACAACGAUUGAUAGUUGUUGGAAGUGUGAUUAGACCUACACCUCUAUUAAACAGAAUGCUGAAGAGAUCUGCGCAGAGUCCUCCGGAAAGGAAAGCGAAAAUAAAUCAAGAUUCUCUCGCAAGUGUCAAAUCAACUGAUCGAUCUAACCUCAAACUUGAUCUUUCACAACCCAACAUAAUGCCGAAGACGGAACGUACGGCUAGCGAUGAUAAACAUCGUCAAGUUGAAUAUUUAGAGACUCCCGUAAAAUCGGAGAAUGACAAGAAACAAUACAGAGUCAUCAAACUACAAAAUGGUUUGACAGCUUUGCUGAUAUCUGAUGUAGAAUCAAAAGUAUGUUCUUCUCAAGAUGAUGAUGAAGGAAGUAGUGAAGACGAAACUGAAGAUGACGAAAGCGAUGAAGAGGAUGAAGAUGACGAUGAAGAUGACGACGAAGACAGUGAAGAAGAUGCAAGUGAUGAGUAUGAUGAAGAAGACACUUCUUCAGCAGCCAAACGAAUUAAAAGAGACGAAAAAAAGGCAGCGUGUGGUUUAUGUGUGGGAGUAGGCAGCUUCAGCGAUCCACCGGAAAUACCAGGAAUGGCGCAUUUUUUGGAGCAUAUGGUUUUCAUGGGAUCGGAGAAAUAUCCAGAAGAAAACAAUUUUGAUGCAUUUGUUAGCAAGCACGGUGGCUUUACUAACGCCUCGACGGACUGCGAACACACGACGUUUUAUUUCGAUGUUCAGGAGAAGCAUUUCUUGUCAGCCCUCGACCGUUUUGCUCAAUUUUUUAUUAAGCCCUUAAUGAAGGAAGAUGCCAUCUCGCGCGAGCGAGAAGCAGUGGAAAGCGAGUUUCAGUUAGCCUUAUCUAGUGAUGAGAAUCGGAAAGAACAAUUGUUUUCCAGUUUCGCGCGCACUGAUCAUCCAGCCAACAAGUUUAUCUGGGGCAAUUUGAUAACGUUGCGCGAGAAUGUGGCUGAUGAUAAAUUGUAUGCAGACCUGCACAAAUUCAGAGAACGUCAUUACAGCGCUCACAGAAUGAAGCUGACUGUGCAGGCGAGACUGCCGUUAGAUACUCUUGAGAAAUAUGUCACUGACUGUUUCACCGAUGUACCGAGCAACGGGCUACUUCCCGAUGAUUUUACCGAGUACAAAGACGGCGUUUCUUUCGACACUCCUGCUUUCCGAAGAAUGUACAAAGUUAAGCCCGUCAAGGAUUUUGGCCAGUUAGAAUUAACAUGGGUCAUGCCUUCGCUGCACGAUUUGUACCAAAGUAAACCGCAUCAAUACAUCUCGUGGAUUAUCGGGCACGAAGGACGUGGCUCUUUAAUUAGUUAUCUGCGUAAGAAAAUGUGGGCCUUCGAUAUGUACAGCGGUAACAGCGAGAACGGCUUCGAGCACAGUUCUAUGUACGCCUUGUUGAAGCUUACCGUGUUGCUCACCGACGAGGGGCAGGCGCACUUGAAAGAUGUACUGGAUGCGAUAUUUCAGUUCAUCAACUUGAUGAAGAAAGAGGGUCCGCAGAGAAGGAUUUACGACGAGAUUUAUAAAAUCGAAGAGAAUAACUUUAGAUUCAUCAACGAAGAGGAUCCAGCCGAUUACGUGGAGGAUCUGUGCGAGUGCAUGCAUUUCUAUCCGCCGCGCGAUUACAUAACCGGCAGCGAACUUUACUUUGAGUACAAUGAGGCGGCUAUACAGAAGUGCUUGGACUAUUUAACGCCGGAAAAUGUAAACAUUAUGAUCUUCGAUAAGAAGUUGAGCGAUGAAGAACUGGACAAGGUCGAGCCUUGGUUCAGUACCAAGUACACAGACACGGAGAUACCGCAGGAAUGGAUUGCGUGUUGGAAAAAGUCAUUCUCCUCCGAGACUCCGUCUUCAACACCCCUUUUUCACUUACCUCUGCCGAAUGAAUUCCUUACCAACGACUUCUCCUUGAUACCGUUGGAGGAAAACGUUCCGAAAUAUCCCGUUAAAAUACAUCGGGAUAAUGUACACGAGAUUUGGUAUCGUCCAGAUCCCAAGUUUCGUCUGCCAGAGUGUUACAUGAACUUCCUUCUUGUUUCUCCUCUUGGUUUUAAAUUGUCGGAGAAUGUAGCUCUCAUGGCGUUGUACGUUAAUGUAUUAAAACUGCUAUUAGUGGAAGAAUUAUAUUCAGCUACAACAGCCAGGCUUGACUAUAGCAUUAUUGCCUGCGAAAAGGGUAUCAUUAUAAAAUUAGACGGAUUUAAUGAGAAACUGCCACACUUAUUGAUGACUAUUGGCAAAUACAUAGCGGACUAUUCGAAUUUCGAUAACAAGGAGUUAUUCGAAGUGGUGAAACGGCAGCAACUCAAGGAAUAUUACAAUACGUUCAUCAAACCCGGGAAACUCGUCAAGGAUGUGAGAUUGUCGAUACUCAAGCUAGUUCAUUAUACGAAUGUCGAUAUGCACAACAGUCUACGUAACGUUGAUUUCGAAAAGUUUAAAAACUUUGUCAAGUCCUUCACCGAUCAUUUGUACAUACAGUGCCUUGUGCAAGGCAAUAUUACGCGGAGUGCCGUGGAGCAGAAUGUACAACAGUUCGUCAAAAUAAUUAAUUGCGGACAGCUGCUGCCUACUAUGAAGCCGCAGAUGAAAGUUAUGGAGAUGCUGUUGGGCAGCCACUACUGCAAGCUGAAGAACAUUAAUAGAACCGACGUGAAUUCUGUAGUGACCAAUUACUAUCAGAUCGGAGUCGCGUCGAUAGAGCUAACAGUGUUGGUCGAUCUACUGAUUAUGGUGAUGAAAGAACCGUUGUUCACUCAGCUCAGAAGCAAAGAGCAGCUCGGCUACGACGUCUCCUGCAUUCUCCGAGAUAUCUACGGGAUAUUGGGAUAUUCUGUUACGGUUCACACUCAGGCGGAUAAAUACACGACCGACCAUGUGGACAAACGAAUCGAGGAAUUCAUGAAGUCACUGGACAAAAUUUUGCAAGAGACCACCGAGGAGGAAUUGGAAUCCCUCAAGGAGACGCUGAGGAAGAUGAAACAGUGCGCCGACAUCGAUUUGGAGGAAGAAGUUAGCAGAAAUUGGAUCGAGAUCACAAGGUGGCAAUACAUGUUUGACAGACUCGAGAGGGAAACGCUCGCGAUAAAGAACAUAAAAAUCGACGAACUGAGACAAUUCGUCGCGAAAUAUAUGCUGAAGGGAAGUAGCUUGAGAAAAUUGAGCGUGCACGUAGUGGGAACCGAUCCGAAGCAGAACGCAACGGAUAACGUUGAUGAAGAUCGCGAAAAGACGGAAUACUCCUUAGAAUAUAUAACCGACGAUCAGCAGCAUGUGAAAUCCCUAAUCGUUACCGAUAUUGACGCUUACAAGAAGCUUCUUUCUACCUUUCCAGUAAGUGAGGAGAUCAAUUUUCUCGAUUCAUUCCCGAAUGAAUGACGCUCUCUCUCUCUAACAACAUAAUAUAAUUAGUAAUGAUAAUGAAAUAAUAAAGAUUGCACUGCCGUGAAAAGAAGAACAUUACGAAUAAUUUUUCGUAAGUUUAAUACUCUAGAUUUACUGCUUCUUUUUUUCAUACAAGCGCAUGUUGUAAUACGAAUAUUUGAAAUUAAUUACAUAAAAGAAUAUGUA